GCUAGCUUCAGUCUCGUUGUGACUGUGGCAGUUGACGGACCUUCACGCUCUCGCUCUCUCUUGUGGGGUUAUUUAUAUUACUACUACUGCUACUGUUGUUACUGGCUCUGGUGCUUCUGCUGCGUGUGAACUCUUACUGUGCACCGCGACACCACAAACAUCUCCUUGAAGGCAUCGAGUGUAUCAGUUGUGCUGUGGAUCUAUUGCCUGUGGGACCCCUGGAUGUUAAUCGAGUUCCAGAAACUAUUAUAUUGUUUAAGCAAGUUCUGUGCUUACCCAUCAUCACAGCAACUUAUAGGUAAACAUGACUGCGGGGUCAGGCUGUGUGCUGGGACGGAAAGAUCUGAGGCCGCAGAGAAGACCCGCAGGUAAAAUGUGGUUAUGAGAGUGUGGGGAGGCCCCGCGUGCCGCUGUAUGAUGCUGUGUUCCCGUUGACAACGACUACACCCUUCAUGCGCCACGCCUACAGUCACGGCAAAAUACACGCCCCACCCCGGAGUCCAGAUGAAAUUCUACCCUCAGCCCGCGGACUCGCCUGAUGGUGUGCACGCGUGGGUUCAUGAGGACCUGCUCGAGCCCCGAUACGGUGCGCACGCCACGGACACCAAAACCACCAUGGACCCACUAGACUCCUUCCUGCGUGACCUACCGGCACCAAAUUCAACGUUCGCAGAACUCAAGCCUCUCGAACCACUGGAUUACUUGACGGCGUCGCCCGACACCUCGGCGUCUUCCCGCCAUGACACCUCCUCCACUUCCUCCAACUCACCCGGUAGUCAGUACAAGGGUGCCAUCACCAACAGCAACACUUUUCUGGGAUAUACUGGCACCCCUGAGCCGGUAACAACCACCACAUCUCCUCUGUCAUCAUCUCAAAAGCAUGAUCCACAUCAUCAUGGUUACUCAAUAACACAAGAGAUCGAUGAUAUCGCUACCAUCUUGGGUAGUGCCAUAGCUGACAACAACAUAAACACCAGCAUCAACAGCAUCAUGCUUCCUGAAUCUCUCGAGCCUCUCAAUGCGCCCGAAUUCCAGGAUAUUGAGGAGUUCUUUGAGAACAUGAGUGGAGGUGUGAAGGUAGAACCUGCGGACCCAUUAGUAAACUCCACCAUGUCUCCGUCAGGACAUUCUCCGUCGAUGGCGACGCAGGUGCCGCAGCCCUCAACCACAACCAUCACUCAUAGUACUAUAGAGUACGCCAACUCACACACUCAUUCACCCAUGUUAACGACGCUCCUGGCCGCAGGCGCUGUUACCAAUAAUAACUACCUGCAGGGUCUGGUUUCUGAAGCCCAAUACAAGAAUGAAAUAUCUAUGCCAAUACUGCAGGCGCGUCUUACACAAGGACUUAAGGACGUUGGAGGAGGACUCCUGAAGGCCGACCCAAUGUUUGCACGGGCUCAAUAUUACACACAUAAAGACGCAAUGCCACAUACUACAGAUCACACUAAUUUUGCCGUCACUACCACAGAUGACCUUUUUAUAAACAAGUUCGAUACCAGGUCUUACUUAGACAAGACCCAGUUGGCCUCACCCGAGUCCACGGAUCUGUCCUCCACUAAAAUGGGCCUCGACUUCCCGGGGCUCAAGAACAAGAACCGCAACCGCAUGAACAAGAGUACAAAACUUCCCAUCACUACAGAGGGAACCAAAGACAAACCAGUCCACCGCUGCACAGUCUGUAACCGCGGUUUCCUAAACAAGUCCAACAUCAAGGUUCACCUCCGCACCCACACUGGUGAGAAACCCUUCAAGUGCGAGACUUGUGGGAAGGCGUUCCGACAAAAAGCCCACCUGCUCAAGCAUUACCAAAUCCACAAGCGCGUCGCCAGGGACUAAUUUCAUUCCCACCCGCUGCUUCACUCUCUCCCGGUUCAACCUAUUUAUUACCUAUCUUCUAUAUCUUCGACUGAGUGUGGCAUCGCAUUCCUCGCUGGCCGCCCGUGGUCCCAAGUCAAAAAGAUAAAAAAAAAAAACGCUACUUAAAUCCGUCCGUGGAAUGGCAAGCUGAAUUUAUACACAUGGCCUAUACCGUCUGCCGAGAUAUGAAUGAAAGUGAGGGAACAACCACAUCCGGGAGCUGUGUCGUUGUUGGUAAGCCUACUUAAGGUGAGCCUAGCGAUGGUCCUGCCCCGGGAGUAUCCUACUGACAAACCUGCUGGUGUUCCUAAGGGUUGGUGCACAUGGGAAGCACCGCACGAGUCAGAGACACAGUCACUUCACCCUUGACAUUGGCCAUGGACUUGAACAGGUGUUGUAUAUGUGAAAGAGAGAAACACGCGCUUGGGCCUGAAGUGAAAGCUGUUGGUUUGUGGUGCGGGUUUAGGAGAUGCCACCACCCCUUCUCUCUCCUCCCUCAUCUCUCCUAUAAUUACAAUUACUGUAUUCCGUAGCCUUUCACAUCAUUCCUACACAUAGGCAAUUGAUAUUAAAUUCAACAUAAAUAUAUGAAAUUAGAAUGUGUGUGUGCGUGUGUUGUGAGGGGGUCGGAGGGCCUGGCUGGGGGCGGCGCAGGAGAGAGCGCCACCGACCCACUUCCCAUCUGGGUCAGCGCCGCCUGCCGCCCGGAAAGGGGUUGUCUCCCACCCGGACCUGUACCUGGACCCCGGACACUGGAAUUUGGGCCCCCUACACUGGACUAGAACCUCCUUCACGGACACUGGACCAUUACCCUUCCCAUUGAGUUGUACCAAGACCUUUAGACUACUUUUGGGUGAUGUGUGUGGAGAACCACACCUGUUGUAUGGACUAACAAUGACUGAGACUUGACAUACUAUUUAUAAUAUAUUACGAUGACUGGGGAUGCUGCAUGACAAAAAAUGAAGAUUACACGUUCUAGAAAGGUGCUUUUUUACCUAUUUCUUCAAAACACGUGACUAUCAUCCGAGGACUCCAUACUGUUCAUACACGUAGCAUUUAUGGACAGGAGCUGACCUCUAAAUGACACUUCCUGCCAUCUAUACUUAAAAUGUAUCUUGAAAUAUACUCAGAUCAUGAGUAAGUUCUGUAUGGCUACUUUGGUGCAAGAGUGAAGCCAUCUUAUGACUAUGACAGAGACUACCGACAUACUGUAGAGGAUGUGACUAGUGUUACGGGAGCCUCAGACAGUGUUGACGACGCCAGGGUCCGCCAGCACCUCAUGGAUCUCGACUAUUUGUCUUUCUUAUUCCCGCCACACUGAAUGCCUUUCAACCAUUAGAAGUCACUUAAACUAGUGAUUAUAUGGUGCCGGAGGUGUGGUGAUAGCUGUGCUAGUGAUAGUAAUGACAUCAGAAUAAGGCUGCUUCAUGGCGACCUACAUCUGCUGCCUCUGCUACUCCCCCACCCCAUCCACCCGCCUCCACCAACCCAGCUUGACAACGUGCAGUCUUCUCGGUGUUAGUUGUCCUCGCUCGUCAAUGACACGGUACAAUAUGGUUAUUGUAAUCAUUCAAUAGUGUCAAACACUCCUCUCUUCUUAUUUGUAUACAUUUCUGAUAUACAAAUUUGGUGAUCUUUGUAAAACAUGUAUAUAUUUGUAAAUUAUGUUUACAUUGAUAACUGUACAAUUCUUUUGGUGAAGCAAUAACCAUGUUAUACUAUGGGUCUCUAAACUGGAAAUGUAAAUCGGCUAAAUGAAUAUUUUCCGAGAAGAAUUCAUCGAUUACUAUUACAAAAGUUCAAACAAGUUCAAUUGGACGACAUGAUUCGCUACUGAAAAACUUGAACUGCUUAAGUCUCAGAGAGAUGACAGUGUGUAGAAAAAUAACACAAAGACAUCCGAUCAUACAAAUGUUAUCGGCGAAAUUUAAUGUUUACGUGAAGGCGAAUGACUCAUUUCACUUUGAUUAAUGUGCCUUAACAAAACCAUAUCUCAUUUAGCAUUGGACGAACUCCUGAGUGUACUGGACAUUAACCAAUGAUGGCUACGUAUAACAGAGAUAUAUCCUAACACUGUAAUGAGUGCGCAGUAAGUGGGAGUGACCCUGCUAAUUGUGGUAGUGAUAAACGUCUAUCCACCGCUGGUAGUGGAGACAAUCUCCACAGUUAAAAGUGGAAGCUGGCUCUCUACCAGUGAUGUCCUCCAUCCAAGACUUGGGCCUCCGGAGGCUGACUCUCGAGCCCUCUACUUUUACCGCAAGUGCAAACACUGAAUUAUUUUAUUAGGAUCCGUAGAGUAUGUUGGGGAGGCGGGCUGGUUCCCGCUGUGAUGACGAGUCCCGGCGUCCCCCUGUUGUUAUUGUUGUUAGUAUCAGUACUGUAGUAGCGGGGACCUGCGAUGCUCGGGCACCAACACUUAUUGUUUAUUAUUCAACUGUUAUAUUUUUUUAAGGCAGAGGCUAGCGCAGUAGGCUCCUGUAAAACACAUUGCUCUAUUACUGAUAGAAAAUGGGUGUUACUUGAGACUAACUGACGGCUGAAGCCCGCCGGUCACAGUGAGGUGUGACUGACCUGCUUGUGUAAUGGGAAUAUUGGUAUGAUUAGGUUUUCUAGGCAAUGAGCAUGGUUAUAUUUCUUGAUAGUGAAUAACUACUAGGUUGAAAUUUUACUAGGUAAAUAAUCAUGGUACUUAUCAGGAUGUUUUGAAGAGCCCGAGCAUCGCCCCCGAUUUUGACUUGUACUGGUAGGUUCCACAAGGACGUAACUCCCUUGCCUCGUUCCCACCGGUUACGCCUUGGUUCAUGGUAAGCUUCCGAUCAGUUUGCUGAAAUGCAAUAAUGCCAUAUUAACGAAGAUUUUAGACCUUGUUACUCGGCUCAGUAUAGUUAUAAUUAAUGCAUGAUAUAUUUCAAUUUCUAGUGCAAUGUUUGGGUUUUUUUCUGAGAAUUAAAAGAAGCUGUGUGGUGACAGAGGAGUAACAGGUCUGAACUCGAGUAUUUUUCUUGUAUUUGGGACAAUGUUUUAAGUUUUGGGGACCCUGAGGAGCCACAUGUAACAUCAGGCCCAGGACUAGCUGUAAGACUUUUAUUACUGUGUACGUGUAUUAUAAAUGUACCACCAACCUGUACUAAAUUGUACCCCAUCACCAAAUGUAUUAAACAAAUUGUGUA